AUGGAACCAGUGAACUACGGUGCUAGAGAUACAGAUCGUCGUGUGAGAGAGGCAACUCAGCAGGCAUUCGAACAGCUUAUUCUGAAAGUCAAGAAGAAUUUGGCACCCUGCUUAAAAAGCAUCAUGGGAUACUGGUUAAUUUCUCAGUGUGACACCUACCUCCCUGCAGCUUCUGCAGCCAAAGUGGCAUUUCAGGCAGCAUUUCCUACAAAUAAGCAACCUGAGGCCCUUAAAUUUUGUAAAGAAGAUGUUUUGAAUGUACUGCAAGAUCACCUUCUCAAGGAUACUCCUGAAACGCUUAGCGACCCUCAGACUGUUCCAGAAGAAGAAAGGGAAGCCAAAUACCUGAGAGUUGUUACAUGUUCUUUGCUAGCUCUGAAGAAACUUCUUUAUAUGUUGCCUGCGAGUGAAUCUAGUACUUUGGAAGAAAAAGUACAGCUCCUCAUUUCACAGAACAAGUUCUGGAAAUACAGCAAACAUAAAACAGCACAGGUUCGAGCAGCAUUUUAUGAAUUAAUUUCUGCACUGUGCCAGCACUUACCCAGAACCAUGAAGUCUGAAGCUGCAAGAGUAUGCCCAGCUGUACUUCUAAGUAUUGAUGACAGUGAUGCAGUUGUCUGCCCUCCUCUUUGGGAAGCAGUACUCUACAUUUUGUCCACCAUUGAGGACUGCUGGAACUAUGUGAAUGCCAAGAAAGGAGUUUUACCAAAACUUUGGACAGUACUGAAAGAAGGAGGGCGAGGUUUGGCUGUUGUCAUACACCCCAACCUCUUGCCAUUCAUUAGCAAACUUCCUCAAGAAAUUAUUGAACCAAAGGCCGAGUUUUUCAAUACUUUCUUUAAGAGCAUGAUUCUAGGGUUGUCGAGUGGGCGUGCUUUGAUGAGCCAUUCUGAGUGCUCAGCAAUCAUUGCUGCAACCAUGGAGUGUUUGCAGUAUACUUUACUUCAAAACUCAGGUGAAAAAGAAGAAGAAACAAAAGUUCAACAAAUGCUGGUGAAUGAUCAUUUUUUACAGCUCAUGGAUUUAAUGCUUAAGAGCCCAGCAGUCCAGAAUGGCAUUUUGUUUCAUCAAACAGCUUUAAUGCUGGCUUCCUGGGAAAAACGAGUGGAUAAUGUAGAUGACAGCACAGCAGAAACAUUCGGGAGACUGCUGAAUGAUUUUUGGGGUGGUUUUGCCCAACUUUGUGUUCAUCAUGUAGAUGUAACUGAUGCAAAUGAGAAAUCUUUAGCUGGCAUCUCAGGCUUACUUAACAUUCUUCGAAAACCUGAUAUACAGUUGGACAGCAUUAAAAAGAAUACAAAGAUUCGAUUUGCAGAGGUGGAAGAGGGUGUGGAUUGUGUGAAGCAGAUGUCUUUUGAAGCACAUAAUGAGUAUAUACCCGAAAUGCCUACCAUUGCUGCAAGUGAUCCAGGCACUACCAGCACUGCACAACUUUCGCACAGAAGAAGGCAGCCUUUGGAGGAUCUUGUUUGCAGACUUGCUGAACUGAGUGUAGUGUAUGUCAAUGAACAGAAUUCAAGUAGGCAUCUGAGAUUCCUCUCUGAGCUGACUAGUGCCUUUCCAUCUCGUGAAGUCUUCCAUGUACUCCUAGACUGUGAAUUGAAGAAAAAUAUGCUUAACUCUGUAUCAAGUACAGACCCCACUGCUGUUGAAAAUCCUGCAGUACAAUUUUUGAAUCAUAAACUACUUGGUUGGUUGAAGGAAGGUACCAAGGCAGACACACAUUUCCUGGUUGAUAUCCUUUAUAGCAUUUUGCACUGCUGCCACAAUAAUAAAGAAAGGAAAAAUAUACUGGAUCGCCUGUUUGAGGCAGAAUUAAACUGGACCAUUUUUCUUUGCAUCAUAGAAAAGGCACAUGCUGAGCCAGCCAAGUAUUGCCAAGUAUCAGACUGGCUGAAAGGAGAAGUGCUGGGAGAGCAACUUGUGCUUUUAGCUGAUGAACUGUGCUUCAUAGGUCUAGAGCAGAAUCCUGCACCACAUAAAUGUCAUUCAGACAGCUGGACCCUGCUUAGUUUGGUUUUGUCUCAACAUGGUAAAAAUGAAGCCUUAAUUGGUGAAGUGUAUGUUGAAAGGAUUAUUGAUAAACUUCAUGCUGCUCUGUCAAAAGCAAAAGAUCUGUCAGAAAGUGGCAGCAUUGAGCCCUCUGUGUCCUUUAUUUGUGAUGUGGCAUCCAGCUUUUUUAGUUCUGUUAAAGGCUGCCUUCUAAUGUCAUCAGCUGAAGAUCUUUUGUUGACCAUCUUUCAGCUAUGUGCUCAAAGUCCAGAAUCAACUCACUUAUCAGAUACUCUUCUAAAUAAGCUACAUCUUACAUGGCAGGCUGGUGUCAGUUCACUGCUAAACCAACAUGCUAAUGUUUUUAAAGCAGAAGGUUUCCUAUACAGAUCUGCGCAUUGGGUGAAAAAACAGAUUCAGAAUUCAUCUUUGGAUGUUAAGAGCCUUCGUGUUCUUAUGACUGCUGUCUGUGUCUUAUUGGACAGUAUGUAUGCAACAGAUGAACAAAGUCAGCUUAUUACAGUUUAUAUAGAAUGUAUAGUUCCAAGUGACAGUGAGUGGGAAAGAAUGCAUCAGUCCCUCCCUCUGCAGCCUUUAAAGAAGCCCAUUUUGAAUGGGAAACUUUCUGUAAGUCCUGAAUAUGCUGACAUGCUUGCUAAACAGUGUUCCGUUGAGAGAGUCCCAAGUCAUCUUUGUACAGCAGCUUUAUUAUGUUAUGUGAUAUUGCACAAGCUUGAACUGGAAGCUGCUAAACAGAAAGAAAGGAGUACAUUUUCUAUAGGAAACGUUGUUUUUUCAGAGUUGUUGUAUGCACUACAGUGGUGUGAGGAAUUAGAGCAUACCCCUGCUGUCAUCUUAGAAUACUGUGGAAUGCUUCAAGAAAUGGAGAUCACGUAUGAGACGUUUAGAAAAGAAAAUGAUACGUUUACUAGUCUUUUGGAAAUCCUGUAUAACAGAUCAUCAACACAUGGAUCACUGUGGUCUUUAACACUUGCUGCAUUUAUUGAAAGAUUUCAGCAUGGAACUCCAGAAUUAAAACCACUAUAUGGAUCAAUAGAUGGGUUUUUCCCACUAAAUGAAGCAAAGUUGCACACUCUUCAAAACAUAUCUGCUUUCUUGCUAACGGAUGAAAAAGAAGAACUUGUGGCACAGUGUACAGCAAGAUUAAUGACAUGCCUAGCCACCCAUUUCUGCAACAUUGAUGGAGGAUUUGGAUACCUUGCUGUUCUUAACAGUUGUUUGAACACUGGCUCCACUAUUUGUCAGGAAAUAUUACGAGAAAUAUUGCAUACUAUCACAUCAUGGAGAGAAGAUCAUGAGAAUAUCUUCCUUUUUAAUUGCAAUUUGCAAGACUCUGAACCAUGGCUACUGGGUGUCAAUACAGAAAUGAUCCGAUUCCUGUCUUUGUUGAUCAGUCUUUUUCCCUCUGGAAUGAUAGACAGUGACAUGGAUUUUAUUUUGUGCUCCAUGGUGUCUUGGAUGGAGACUGCAUGUGAUAAUGUGUUACCAUUGCGUUCUCCACUGGUACAGCUUUUUGCCUGCAUGAGCUGUGACUUGGUGUCUUCCGUCAGUGCCUUUUUCCAUUCUGUAGCGAAAGACGUACCUGAAAUGCUUCCUCCAAACUUGAUGACUGAGUGGAAGGAGUUUUUUGAAGAAGGGAUUCAUGGCUUGCUGCUUCCACUAUUUGUAAAUGUCACAGAUAACUACAGGGAUCCGUGUGGCCCAGGCUUCCCUGCAUCUGUUUUGACAUCUUUAGGAAAAGCGUUGGUAUACAUUCCUCUUGACAAGUUGUCAAACAAUAAUCUUUUUCCUAUGUUCAUCACUGGACAGAAGACACACUUGCCUGACAAACUUCAGACCCUGUUGAAUACAAUUGCUCCUCUGCUUCUCUUCAGAGCUAGACCUGUGCAAGUCACUGCCUUCUGCAUUUUAAACAAGAUAAUGCAGGAGUUACCAAAAUUUGAUAGUGAAGAUUCUGCUGUCGAUGAUGAUGAAGUGGAAGAACCAGUGCUGUCACCACCUGCUGCAGUUAUGAGUAUCCUUGAAACUCUGGAGGAUUUGCUGGAGAAUAUUCUUGGAUCAGUACUAGUUGGGGAGUUUGCAGUUAUCCAUCCACUAAGUGAAGAAUACUGUUGUGUUUUAGCAUACCUCCUUACAUGGAAACUAUUGCUGACAUUCUUUAAGGCAGCACCUUCGCAAUUACGAGUUUUGUAUUCUCAAUAUCUGCGGAGGUCUAAGUCAUUGCAUAAACUGCUAUAUCAUCUUUUUCGUCUCAUGCCUGAAAGCCCUGUUCUGCCUGGACAGACAGCUGAGUCUGGGAAUAAGGAGCUGAAGACGCUCUUUUCUGAGGAAUUUCAGUUAAGCAUUAAAGAACCAGAAAAUUUAUCAAUGGAGAUCCCACAUUUGGCUUGCUGCGUGUAUUAUACUGCACUGAUGGACUUGCCUGCAAUGGUGCGUCUUUGGUGGAGCAACCUAGACAAGCGCACAUUUGGUAUUGUUGACAAAUUUACUGGGAAGUAUGUCAGCAACAAGCUUUCCUCCCAAGAAAUUUCUUCAGUGCAAACAAGUACACAGACCUUCACAAACAUGACGGUCAAAGCCCGCCUUACAACUCGAGAAGUGAUUGCUACUUAUUCAGUGGAUGAUGUAUUUAUUGAACUUUGCAUCCAGCUGCCACAGAACUACCCUCUUGGAUCAAUAACUGUAGAAAGUGGCAAACGAGUUGGUGUAUCUGUGCAACAGUGGCGCAACUGGAUGUUACAGCUGAACACUUAUCUUACUCAUCAGAACGGCAGUAUCAUGGAAGGACUGUGUCUUUGGAAAAACAAUGUUGAUAAACGAUUUGAAGGUGUCGAAGACUGCAUGAUAUGCUUCUCUGUUAUUCAUGGUUCCAACUAUUCCCUUCCAAAGAAAGGUUGUAAAACAUGCAAGAAGAAAUUCCAUUCAGCAUGUCUGUAUAAAUGGUUCACAUCCAGCAACAAGUCUACGUGCCCACUUUGCAGAGAGACCUUCUUCUGAAAAUUACACCCAGUCAGUUCUUGAUGUUGCACAGUUUUAAAGGACAAUAAAUUGCUUCAAAUACUGACUUUGGACUGGACAGCAUUCACACCAGAUCUACGAAUAUCAGGAUGCAGAAGACAUUUAAUUUUAUAUAUAUAUAUAUAUAUAUACUUUGUUCAGCCAUUAAAUAUUUGUUGAACGUGUACAAUCAGAGAAUGUAAAAUAAUAAAUAGUUGCAAAUAUUUAUCACAUUUAGCUGUUUAUAAAUUCUACUGCUCUGUUGGAAUCAUUGUGCUGUUGACCGUUUGUACUUUUAUGUCUGAUGUCUUUUUUUUAAUUCCUCACAAAAGUGGCCAUAGAUUCUAAAGGAUGACAUUUGUUUCAGACUUCACUGUGGUGGGCCAUGGUUCUUUGUUAGAAAGCACUUUUAUAUUAAGCAUUCAUUACAUUUUUUUUAACUAAGCAGAUUUAUUUUUGUCCCGUGUCCAGUCUACAGAAGAAAACUAAGUUGUUCAUAUCCAUUGAACAUGCAGUUCACUGUGAAUUGUUUGGAAAUAUUGAAACUGUUAGCCCUUGUAACAGCUAUUAGUAUAUGAAAUGCCAUUAAGCAUAUAAUAUAAUAGUUGUCCAUUGGAACAAA